GGUUCCUCUAGCCUUCUCAAAUCUCAACUCCUCUCAAGCUUACUCAUCUCUUGUCUCAUCUUAGAUUCUCUCGAUCUCUGUCUCCUCACCAUUUUCCAGCCUCAUAAGAUUGGAUUAGUUGCUAGAUCUUUCUCAAUCUCUUAGGCAUUCGCUGUUGCUUCCCCUUCAUGUUGUUGCUUCUCUUCUCUCAUUCAUCGGACUUGCUACUAGAUUUGUCAUUUUUCCCUACCAAAUGAUCCUUGUCUGUGAAUCCCUCUGACCACCAAAAUGGCGGAUGCUGUAGUUUCCUUUGUCCUAGACCUGCUAAAGACAACCAUCGUUGACAGGGCCUCUGAAGAGGUGGGGCUGCUAGUUGGUGUUGAGAAGGAAGUGCGAAAGCUUGAAAGAAAUCUUCGUCUCAUCAAUACUGUUCUCCGAGAUGCUGAGGAGAAGAAAAGAACGGACGAUCUUGUCAAGGAAUGGCUGGACAGGCUCAAAGAAGCGUCUUACGACAUGGGGGAUGCAUUGGAUGAAUGGAGAACUACAGUAGAGAUUGAAGUACUUGAAGCACAAAAUGUUGCUUCUCAGAAGAAGGCAACGUGCAAUUUCAUUUCGUGCUUUUCUAUUCGCCGUGUUUAUACCCAUCGUAAAAUUGCACUCAACAUAAAGGAAAUCAAUCAAAGAUUAGAUGAUAUUGUAAAGGAGAAAGAGAAGUGUCAGUUGCAGCUGAUGUCAAUAAGUAACACAAUCAAUCAUCCUCAACAACGGCCAGAAACUUCGUCUUUUGUGGAUGUGUCAAAACUAUGUGGCCGAGGUAUGGAGAAGGCAAAAAUACUGAACUAUUUGUGGGGAGGGAGUGGUGAAGAAGAGGUUGGUGAACUAAUCCCCACCUUAUCUAUAGUAGGGAUGGGGGGCUUAGGAAAGACUGCUCUUGCACAACUAAUAUAUAAUGACGAUUAUGUUAAAGAGCAUUUUGACAAGGUAAUCUGGGUUUGUGUCUCUGAUCUUUUUUAUGAGAAAAAAGUUGCAAGGGCAAUCAUUCAAGGGCUUGAAAAACUUAGUGAUAGUACUGCAUAUGGCCUAGAAUCGAAUCCAUUGCAGGUCCUUUUGGAAAGGAUUUCUAGCUCUAUCCAGGGAAUGAAAUAUUUUCUUGUUUUAGAUGAUGUUUGGGAUGGAAAUAACGGUGAGAGGUGGGAAGGACUGAGAACCACUUUCAAAUUUGGUGCCCCAGGAAGCGGAAUUUUGGUUACUACACGUGAUGUUGAAGUUGCAAAAAUGAUGGGGUCCUCUUCCUCACAAAUCAUUUUUCUGGAGAAAUUGGGUGACGAGCAAUGUUGGUCAAUAGUUAAACAUAUUGCAUUAGAAGGAAGGGAUGAUCAGAAUUUGGAGAAAAUUGGGAGGGAAAUUGCAGAGAAGUGUAAGGGGUUACCGCUUGCUGCAAAAACUCUAGGAAGCCUUUUAAAGUCUAAAAGAAGCAAACGUGAGUGGCAAAGUGUCUUGAAUAGUGAAAUAUGGAAAUUAGAAUUGGCAAAAAAGGAAAUUUUUGCUCCUUUGUUGUUGAGUUAUUAUGAUUUGCCCCCUCCAGUAAAGCAAUGCUUUUUGUAUUGUGUUCUUUUUCCCAAAGAUCACACAAUUUGGCAUCAUGUGAUAAUUCCACAAUGGAUGGCGAUGGGAUAUUUAGGAUCGGACCGUAAUUCAGACUUGGAGUCAAAAGGGGAAGAGUACUUUCACAUCUUAGUAGCCCGCUCUUUCUUUCAAGAUUUUACUUUUGUUGAAGGGAAUAUUUAUUGCAAGAUGCAUGACAUAGUACAUGAUUUUGCUCGGUUUUUGGCCGAGAAUGAGUUUAGGACAUUGGAGAUCAAGUCUGAUCAUUUGACUAUAGAUGAUGAGUCAAAGCCUCGUCACUUGACAGCGAUGGUUGAUAAAGGGAUCAAUUUCCCUAAAAUGAUUUCUGGUACAGAAAAAUUGCAAGCCUUUAUAACGUUCACUGGGGUGGCUGCACUGACUUCUGAAGCCUUGUGUAGAUUGUUUAAUCAAUGCAGAUGCUUAAGGGUAUUGUCUGUUGGUUUGCCCGAUGGAACUGAUCAUUUAUGUAAAGAAAUUCCUGGAGGAAUUGGUAAAUUAAUGCACUUGAGAUUCCUUCACUUGCCUUGGAAUAAUCAAUUAGAAGGGCUACCCAAAACACUCUGCAACCUACUUAAUUUGGAGUAUUUGGAUUUGACGGGCUGCCAAAAUCUCAAGCAGUUGCCAGAUUCCAUAGGAAAACUAAUCAACUUGAGGUUUCUUUAUACUAAUGGUUGCCAUGCUCUCACUCACUACCCAAAAGGUGUUCGGAAAUUGACUUCUCUUAGACAAUUAAGGGGGCUCAUUGCUAGAGCUGAUCGCAAUGAUUCUAAAGAAUUCAGCCUUGUCGAUCUUGAAAACUUGAAGCACCUCCAUGAACUGCAUUUGAAACUGGUGGGAAAUUCAAUCGAUGAGGAGCAGGCUAGAAAAGUUGAACUUCGGAACAUCCCGAAAGUUCGAAUAUUUUUGGCUGGGAGUAUUCAAGAAGCAGACAUAAAUGAAGCCUUAGACCCACAUAAAAGCACACUAGAUUUAAAGUUCGUUGAUGACUACUGUAUUGACUUUUGAAUACAAAAGGUACUUUAUUUAUCCAAUCAAAAAAAUAGAGUGCAAUUCGCUUU